ACAUCCGUCUCAUCGGUCGGGAACAGCUCGGCCAUAGCUGACAAUGAGACAUCAGACAUCCUCAUAUCGAAGUACAAGGAUAUGUGUGACGUCAUGAGCCUCUGAUGGCAUCUUUACGUGCGAUGCUCCAAACAGUGGAGUCUCGAGAAAUUGCCUGAUAAAAGAAUGAACAUGCCCUCAAGCAUGCAUCUUUACAACAACACAGAACCCCUUACAAACUUAGAAAGGCAAUGUCAUCUCACGACAAAAUGCACGCCAUUGCAGUUACCGAGUACGGCCCCAUCACAAACCUGCAAUCCAUGUCCAUCCCCAGACCCCCCUCCCCCCAAGGCCACGACAUACUCGUCCGCCUACGCGCCUGUUCCAUCAACCCCGUCGACACCAAAGUCCGCGCCGGCAUCUACGACGACUACCCAGACUACUACACGCGCACGCCUUCCCUCCCGCAAAUCCUCGGUUUUGACGGCGCCGGCAUAAUCGAAAGCGUCGGAUCUUCUGUUACAGACUUCGCACCCGGCGAUGAAGUCUACUACGCCGGCUCACCAAUCCGGCAAGGAAGCAAUGCAGAGUACCAAUUAGUAGAUUCGCGAGCCGUGGCGCUCAAGCCGAAGAGUUUGGAUUGGGGAGAAGCUGCUGCUAUGCCUUUGACGUGGAUAACGGCUUGGGAAGCGCUGGUUGAGCGAAUGGAGAUACAAAAGGGGGAGCAAGCUGGUAUCUUGAUCAUCAACGGUGCGGGUGGUGUGGGGAGUGUGGCCAGUCAGAUUGCGCGUCGGGUGCUCAAUUUACCUGUUGUAGUUACUACGGCGUCCAGGGAAGAGACAGUCGCUUUCUCGAAAGACGUAGGAGGCGCUACGCAUACGAUCAACCACCACAACGACCUCGCGGAGGAAGUUGAGAAACUGAAGCUGGAGGUACCCAUCAAAUACAUCUUCAUCACCCACACACCUACAUCCGGCUACCUCGCCCCCGCCGCCAAAAUCUGCGCUCCUUUUGGUAAAGUCUGCUCCAUCGUCCAAGACAAAGAAAUGUCCAUGUACGGCACGGAGUUCAUGGCAAAGAGUCUUACGUUUGUGUGGGCGUUGCUUGGCACGAAACCGUACUAUGGGGUUGAUGUGGAGAGCCAUGGGCGCAUUCUAAGGGAGUUGGCGGGAUUGCUGGAUCAGGAGGUGGUGAGGUGUCAUUGUAGGCAGAGGUUAAAGAUGGAUGAAGAGGGGGUGAGAGAGGCGCAUGGGAUUAUUGAGGGGGGGAAGAGUGUGGGGAAGCUUGUGCUUGAGUUUGCGUAGGUAGCGGUCUAACAUAUACGAAUCAUGUUAUAUUCCCAUCAGAAAACGAUCUUCCGCUUUGCCGUU